GCAAGGGUGUGGGCCUCAUCUCACAAAUUAACAGCAUUUCUUUACUGCUUAGCCUAACAAUAACCGAAGCUUUUUCAAAGUGUUUCACAAAAGAAAGGUUUAACAUAAGAUUGAUCAACCUGUUAAUGAAAUAAAUUAGAAACAGAUUUAAUUUGAGGAUACAGCAGAUCGCCUUUAUGCGAAAUCGGCAGGCGUGGUAAUUCAAGGGUUAACGUUCAUUUCUGCCGGAUUGCACCGAGAGAUACUUUCCCAGGAACUGCAAACAAGUAGCACCUCAAUUCAUCUUUCAAUAUGCGGAUUAAACCACUGAUUUCACUUUUGCUGACUUUAGGAAUAAGUGGGACUCUGGUGACAGCUCAAGAUGGGGGAGUACAAGGGAAAAUAAAUUUGUGGGAAACACUUAUGACUGGCACAACUGCAGAUCCAGUCGGGGGUGGACCAGAUAGUGCUGUUGAAGAAAUAACAACCGAACGUGUUCCUGUUGAUGAAGAAGCUAUUGUUCCUGAAAGUGCAACUGGUACUGGUGAAGGAACAACAGCUGAACCUGUUCCUGUUGAUGAAGAAAUUAUUGUUCCUGAAAUGCAACUGGCACUGGUGAAGGAACAACAUCUGAACCUGUUCCUGUUGAUGAAGAAACUAUUGUCGCUGAAAGUGCAAGUGAGACUGGAGCUGCCACAUCAACAUUAGCUACUGAAACUCAUCCAGAGGUCAUAACAGAUGUGGUUGUUACAGAGGCAGACACCACAGAGGCAGCAACAACAAACACCCAGACAACAGAAGCAGCAAUACUAGAGACAGAGGCAGCUACAACAGAGGCCGACUCGACAGAGGCAGCUA